AGAGCCGGAGCGACGAGCUUGGCGUUCGCACGGAGCCCCCCCAGUAGCAAUCGGAUCGCGGAUCCGGCUCAGCCGAGCCAGCGGACAAAGCUAGCGCGCUUGCUUGGCCGCGCGGCCGAGCUUUCGGUUGAGCUCGCGCGGGUCCGCUCGCAAGCCGACGAGGCACCUGCUGCGCGAGACGCAAGCCGGACGCAAGGGCGACAUGUCGGGAGACGUGCAGCCGAGGAAGCGCAAAGAUAAGAGGCGGCGCAGGGACGAAGACGAAGCAGCUUUACCAAUAUCCUCAGGACGGAGUGGAUCAACGGAUCAGUUGGAAAACGUAGCAAUACAUAUUCACAAAGAGAGUGGAACAGGAGGCCACUGGUGUGCGAAAAUAAUUUUUUUUGCGUUGCUCGCAGCUCUUCUGGCUGGCGUGGUUCUCAUCAUAGUUGAGCAUCGUGGCUCCGCCGAUGUGGACAAACCUGUACGUGCUUCGCAAUGGACCAUCUUCGAAGGCUGGGUAGACGACACUAUAGCUACACACGAAGAAGACGUUGACUCGCAUCAUCUCGCUGACCAAUCCCAUGAGUGCGAAGACCACGAACAAGACGAUCAGGCAGACGAACAGGAACAAGAGGAUGAAGAUCACACCUCCCUCGAACAUCAGUUAGACGACGAUGAGAACCGACUGGCCGAAGAAGAAGGAGAAGAAGAAGAACACGACGAAGAAGAGGAAGACGAAGAAGAAGAAGCAGAUGAAGAAAGAGAGGAUGGGCAAGAGGGAGAAGAUCAGCCAGAACAAGCGUUAGAGGAAGAGUACAACCAAGGACCUGCGGGCAUCGAUGAAAUUGAUGACUAUAAUGAAGAUAUGAAUGCCGAUACCGACACUGACAUCGAUGACGGAUAUUUCAAGACACGUGACCAAUCUAACUACGAACUCGAAGCACAACAAGAUAAAACCAUCUCUGAGGAAGAUGUCGAAGAGGACCAGUCAAAAGAAGAGGAAGACGAUGACUAUGACCUGGAACGACCGUUUGAUUACGCUUCCACUGAAAAAGAAAAUAAAUAUUAUGCAGCGUAUGACAACGAUUUGAGUGCACUGGAUGAAAUUGAAGAUAACCCUGAUGAUGAUGAAAAUGAUGUUAAUGAUCCCUACGACAUUGAUUUGGACGUUAGCAUUGAAGGAAUUGUCUUGACAAAGGAUGCAAAUGCUGACGAAGAUACAGAUUUUGUAAAUACUUCUCAUGUGAACGAAAUUGAUGAUCCUAGUGCAGAGCCUUUGGAAGAAAUCUCUGAUGACGAACCUGAAGAAAUUAUAAAUGAAGACAAUCUUGAUGAUAAAGAGGAAGAGCAAGAGACAAAUAAUGAGAGCGAAUUGGAGGAAGAAUCAGCAAGCGUGGCCAUGAAAUUUGGAGUUGGCGUUGCGCUGAUCGUCACCGCGCAUUUUGUACUUGUAAGAAGGUGGAAUCAUGGUGAAGCAGAUAACCCGGAAAUUCUAAUUGCUAAAGACGAAGUUCCUGAUUUAACAAGACGAAAUACCAUUGUGACACCAUCUCGAAUCAAUGAAGACGGACAAGAGCCAUUAGAUGAAGAGCAAGAAAAGACGUAUAAAGAAUUGCAUUCGACAUAUAAAAAAGUAGGAUCAUCAGACAAAAAACGAUCCGGGAUCGAAGAAAUUUUCGCUAAAAAAACUUCAGAUUUGGAACUUAUACUCCGAGGAACCACGAAAGAUAAAACUAAUGAUCCAAAAGAAGGAGCCCGUGAAGACAGUGAUAGCGUAGAAGACAAUAGCGACGAAAAUUAUGAAGAUGAAGAAACUGAAGAUGAUGAUGUUGAAGAUGUUGAUGUCAAUUUGUUAGAAAAGUUAGAUAAAAAGUAUGGUAAAUUGCCAACUUCCUCUUACGAUGAUGAUGAGUACGAAGAUAAUGAAGCAGAUGAAAUAGAGGGGGAAGAUGAAGAAAAUGAAUUAGAGGAGGAUGAACUGGAGGAGGACGAGGAAGAGGAGGAAGAAGGGGUAGAAGAUGAGGAGGAAGAAGAAAUAGAAGAGGAGAGGCAGGAAGAGGAUCUCAGUCUUGAGAAAUAUACCGGAUCGUCAGUAAAACAAGCUACAAACCAAAAGCGCUUAUGGACAAACCCAUCUAAAUCAAAGUCUAAAGGCAAGCAAUUUUACGGAUUGAUUGGUGAUCCAAAUGAUGUUCAUGUGGAAGAAUCAAUUACACGAUUUUGACGUUUUAUUGUUCGUUCCUACAAACGUACGAAAUAGGCGUUGGUGAAGCGGGACUACCAGCUCUGUGUUUCAUUGAUGACCUUGAAACAGACGUAGGAGACGAGGAAGGCGAGCGUUGGCGCCUUUUCCGAUCGUUGCCAGGUGACCUUCUUGAUGAGGAUCUCGAGGAAAAACUAGGCGACGGUGAACGUCGAAUUCUUGGUGGAGAAGGUGUAUGCGGAGCUCGUUUUUUAUGGGGUGAACGUGAUCGUCUUUUAGUUCGGGGAGAUCUACUGCGAGACCUGUUUAGUAGAUAUAAAAAGAAAAUUUAUCAUUAUUGUUGCUCAUUGAUUCGAUUGCGGAUCGAUUUGAUUUUUAAUCAUACUGAUAACAAAUACUUGUUUUUUGGAACUAUGUAAU